GUUUAUCUGUUUCCUUUUACCAAUCAUAUUUUCCUUUACAACAGGAGUCCAGGAUGUUUUGAAACACAAAAUCUCACACAAGUCUCAGAAUUCCAUCUCAUGGGCUUCUCAGACGAUCCAGCCCUUCAGCCUCUCCUUUUUGUGCUGUUCCUGUCCAUGUACCUGGUCACGGUGCUCGGGAACCUGCUCAUCGCCCUGGUCAUCAGCUCAGAUUCCUACCUCCACACCCCCAUGUAUUUCUUCCUCUGCAACCUGUCCUUGGCUGAUGUGGGUUUCACCUCUACCACGGUUCCCAAGAUGAUUGUGGACAUCCACACUCACAGCACAGUCAUCUCCUAUGUGGGCUGCCUGACACAGAUGUCUCUCUUUAUUAUCUUUGGGUGCAUGGAUGACUUGCUUCUGACCGUGAUGGCCUAUGACAGGUUUGUUGCCAUUUGUCAUCCACUGCAUUACCAGGUCAUCAUGAACCCCUGCCGCUGCAGCUUCUUGGUUUCAGUGUCUUUUGUGGCCAGUAUUUUGGAAUCCCUGCUGCAGAACUUGAUGGUAUUAAGAACUACCUGCUUCAAGGAUGUUGACAUUUCCAAUUUCUUCUGUGAACCUUCCCAGCUUCUCACCCUUGCCUUCUCUGACACUUUCACUCAUGACAUAGCCAUAUAUUUUGUUGGCAUCAUAUAUGGUUUUCUCCCUAUCUCAGGGAUUCUCUACUCUUACUACAAAAUCAUUUCCUCCAUUCUGAGAGUCCCAUCAGCUGGUGGGAAGUACAAAGCCUUCUCCACCUGUGGCUCUCACAUGACUGUUGUAUGUUUAUUUUAUGGAACAUCCCUUGGGGUGUAUCUCAGUUCAGCAGCCUCACUUUCUUCCAGGAAGUGUGCAGUGGCCUCAGUGAUGUACACUGUGGUCAUCCCCCUGCUCAACCCCUUUAUCUACAGCCUGAGGAACAGGGACAUCAAGAGAGCCAUGUGGAGACUUCUCAGUCAGCAAGCUAUUUAG